UCAGCAGCGGCGGUAGCUCAGGUCAGUUAGUUCAGUCAGCAGUCGUCCACGCAUCUAUCUAUAUUCCCUUUUCUUAAAUUAGCCCCUUUAAGCUUCGCGAUACCGCCCCCAAUUUCAGCGUCGGUACGGAGCCGUCAGGCCGGGACAGAGACGGAGAGAGAGGCCACGGCCAUGGAAGCGCUCGGACCCGGCCCGCCCGCCCCUCCCUCUCUGUUUCAGCCUCCGCGGCGUCCCGGCCUCGGCACGGUGGGGAAACCCAUCCGGCUCCUUGCCAACCACUUCCAGGUGCAGAUUCCCAAGAUUGAUGUCUAUCACUAUGAUAUCGACAUCAAGCCUGAGAAACGGCCUCGGAGGGUCAACAGGGAAGUGGUGGACACCAUGGUGCGGCACUUCAAGAUGCAGAUCUUUGGAGACCGACAGCCUGGCUACGACGGGAAGAGGAACAUGUACACAGCACAUCCACUGCCAAUUGGGAGAGAUAGGGUGGAUCUGGAGGUGACUCUGCCUGGCGAGGGGAAAGAUCAGACGUUCAAGGUGUCUUUGCAGUGGGUGUCUGUGGUCAGUCUUCAGAUGCUGCUGGAAGCCCUGUCGGGUCACCUUAACGAGGUCCCAGAAGAUUCGGUUCAGGCUCUGGAUGUCAUCACGCGGCACCUGCCUUCCAUGAGGUAUACUCCUGUGGGGCGUUCGUUUUUCUCCCCUCCGGAGGGCUAUUAUCAUCCUCUGGGUGGAGGCAGGGAGGUGUGGUUUGGUUUCCAUCAGUCCGUCCGUCCUGCCAUGUGGAACAUGAUGCUCAACAUCGACGUGUCAGCCACAGCUUUCUACCGUGCUCAGCCUGUGAUUGAGUUCAUGUGUGAGGUGCUAGAUAUACAGAACAUCAACGAACAAACCAAACCACUGACUGACUCGCAGCGCGUCAAAUUCACCAAGGAAAUAAGAGGGUUGAAAGUUGAGGUAACACACUGUGGUCAAAUGAAGAGGAAGUACCGUGUGUGCAACGUGACACGCAGACCUGCCAGCCACCAGACGUUCCCCUUACAACUUGAGAACGGCCAAGCCAUGGAGUGCACAGUAGCACAGUAUUUCAAGCAGAAGUACAAUCUGCAGCUCAAAUAUCCACAUUUACCCUGCCUGCAAGUGGGGCAGGAACAGAAGCACACCUACCUUCCCCUGGAGGUCUGUAACAUAGUAGCAGGCCAGCGCUGUAUCAAGAAGCUGACAGACAACCAGACGUCCACCAUGAUCAAAGCUACAGCCCGCUCAGCCCCCGACAGACAGGAAGAGAUCAGCCGACUGGUCAAAAGUAACAGCAUGGUCGGGGGCCCGGAUCCUUACCUGAAGGAGUUUGGCAUUGUGGUACACAAUGACAUGACAGAAGUGACAGGGCGUGUGCUCCCAGCGCCCAUGCUGCAGUAUGGGGGCCGGGUGAGUACAGACACAGGGCGGGACUGUGGCAGGGGACUCUCUCCGCAGAAUAAAACCGUGGCCACGCCCAACCAGGGCGUGUGGGACAUGAGGGGGAAGCAGUUCUACGCCGGCAUCGAGAUCAAGGUCUGGGCCGUGGCCUGCUUCGCCCCACAGAAACAGUGUCGAGAGGACCUGCUCAAGAGCUUCACUGACCAGCUGCGAAAGAUCUCCAAGGAUGCUGGGAUGCCCAUUCAAGGCCAGCCAUGUUUCUGUAAAUACGCCCAAGGAGCCGACAGUGUGGAGCCCAUGUUCAAACACCUCAAGAUGUCUUAUGUAGGUCUGCAGCUGAUUGUGGUCAUCCUGCCCGGCAAAACGCCAGUCUAUGCUGAGGUGAAGCGGGUGGGUGACACUCUCCUUGGCAUGGCAACCCAGUGUGUGCAGGUGAAGAAUGUAGUGAAGACGUCCCCUCAGACCCUCUCCAACCUGUGCCUCAAGAUAAACGCCAAGCUGGGAGGCAUCAACAACGUCCUGGUGCCUCAUCAGAGGCCCUCUGUGUUCCAGCAGCCCGUCAUCUUCCUGGGUGCAGACGUCACACAUCCUCCAGCAGGUGAUGGGAAGAAGCCGUCCAUCGCAGCGGUGGUGGGCAGCAUGGACGGCCACCCCAGCCGAUACUGCGCCACGGUGCGAGUCCAGACGUCUAGACAGGACAUAUCCCAGUGCCCUACUCCUCCACCCAAUCAGGAGCAGCUCUUCAGCCAGGAGGUAAUCCAAGAUUUAACCAAUAUGGUGCGAGAGCUGCUCAUCCAGUUCUACAAGUCCACUCGCUUCAAGCCCACACGAAUCAUCUAUUAUCGUGGCGGUGUGUCUGAGGGACAAAUGAAACAGGUGGCGUGGCCGGAGCUGAUAGCCAUCAGGAAGGCCUGUAUCAGUCUGGAGGAGGAUUACAGGCCGGGCAUUACCUACAUUGUAGUUCAGAAACGUCACCACACUCGUCUCUUCUGCUCUGACAAAGCUGAGCGGGUGGGGAAGAGUGGUAACGUCCCAGCAGGCACCACGGUGGACAGCACCAUCACACACCCGUCCGAGUUCGACUUCUACCUGUGCAGCCAUGCUGGGAUCCAGGGAACCAGUCGUCCGUCUCACUACCACGUCCUGUGGGACGACAACUGUUUCACUGCCGAUGAACUGCAGCUCCUCACCUACCAGCUGUGCCACACCUAUGUCCGCUGCACGCGCUCCGUCUCCAUCCCAGCACCGGCCUACUAUGCCAGGCUAGUGGCUUUCCGAGCCCGCUAUCACCUGGUGGACAAAGACCAUGACAGUGCUGAAGGAAGCCACGUGUCGGGCCAGAGUAACGGCCGGGACCCCCAGGCGUUGGCCAAGGCAGUUCAGAUCCACUAUGAUACCCAGCACACCAUGUACUUCGCCUGAGCUAGCGAGCAUGUCAGCCAGUCCACCCGCGGAUUCCCUUUCUUCUUCUUCUGUCUUCUUAAUCUAUUAUUUGCCAGUCUCUCUCUUCUUCUCCCACAUCUUUCUCUCUGUCUUUGUAGUUUUGUCUCUUUCUCUUCACAAUCACUCUACAUUUUCUGAAUCUGCACCAAAGCGGCUCUCGGACAAGGGGGGGGGACCUGCUGUGUCUCAAAAUGUCCAGCAGGUUUUUUAUUUUUAUUUCAAGGAACAAUCACCAACCAGCGUUCCCAAUCGAGCCGCCUCUCAAACCAGCAAUCCAGCACUGCAAACCCCCGAGGGGUUUCCAAUGCACAAAAGGAGAAAAAUUAUUUAAAAAAAACACGAAAAAACAAAAACAAACCAUACACACACCUACUACAAGUUGAGCCAUUAUUUUUUGAGUUUGUUUUUGUUUUUUCUAUGUGAAUGUCUGCACUCUUGUGUUUGUAAGAUACACUGAGCAAGGGAGUGGACUGGCACAAUGUGUGUCAGUCAGCGCAGCUCUUAAGCUCUCCCAGCUAAGCAGGACUCUUAUCUACUUUUACCUCAAAGCCCCUUUGGGCAAAAUCUGUCACAAGGUCUUGGGUUUAUUGGGUGGUCUGGUGGGAACUCUACAUGAAGAGAUGGAGGGGAGUCGACCUUUUUGAGAAUGAUAUAUAUUUUUUUCCUUUUUAUGAGCGUGUGUUUUAACCUUUUUCUCCUUUACGGUCUUUAACAAGCGAGGUGACCUGGGUGUCCAUGCCCAUUACUGUUUUCCUCCCAUCUUAGCGAACAAUAUACGCAUGUCUGAACGUGUGCGUGCGCAUCUCUGUAUAUACAUGUACUGCUGUAUGAGUGUGUGUUUGUUUGUGUGUGCGUGUGUGUGUGCGUGUGUGUGUUUCAUGGCAGGCCACUGAAUUGUAAAGGGAAAUCAAGGCGAUAACUGCUGUAAAUGCCUCAGAUUUGUUGUUUUUAUAUUCACACAUACAGUACAUAUAAGCAUAUAUUUACAUCUAUAGAGCAACUUUGAGACAUAUGACUUAAACAGGCCUCAUAGAGGCAGGUGUGGGUUUUUGUAGCGGCCCUGGGUCACUUGUUAAUUGAAAUGCUUUGAGUUACAUUUUUUUAAUGGUUGGGGAUUUGCACAUUUGGGAGCCAAAUGCUCCUUUUGUGCCUCAAAACAUCAUUGGAUCCCAGAAAAAGGCAACUAAAUUAAUUUCAUUAGCAAGUGAAGUCAGGUCUGACUGUGUAGCAGUGGUGACCGUGGUCUGGCCUGGGACUGGCUCAGCAUUGGGACCUGUUGAAUGGCUGAAGGCAUUAAACACAGAGUAUGGUCUUUAUCAGCCUUGCUGUCUGUGUGAAGAGCAGGAUCUUAUUUUUCUUUGGACCUGAUUAUCUGAAAGAUUAUAUGAUGACACUGCUGGACAUUGCUUUUUUUCUUUUUUCUUUUAUUUCUUUUUUUGGUUGUAGAAGUAGUAUCAAGGGCCGGAAACCAACGUAGUUUUUUGAGGUCUCCUUUGCUAAUAUUGGCCAAUUCAUUGCACUGACCCGGGACGCUAGGCAAGCAACAGAGGGCACUCUCAAUCUCUCUUACCUUUAUGCAUUUAUACAUACGAAUCAACAAAGCAGAUUUGUAAAAGUUUAAUAUAAGAUGUUUUGUGGUUAUCUUCAAAAAAAAAAAAAAAAAAGAAGCUGUUUAGAAUAAGUAGUUUACCAUGGAUGUUGUUGUUGUCGUUAUCGUUGUCAAUGUUGUUACUAUCGUGAUGAAAUUUUAUGGUCGGCGGCAGAGCCAGUGAUAUAGUUACUAGUGCGACUUCAGGAAUAGACAUCGUUGUUGAGCUGCAGGUUAGGGCGUAGAGCUUUGGGUUUGGAAAUUAUUUUGUAGCAUUCUGGCUAACGGUGAGAAGAAGUAGGCCCCAGGAUGGAUGAAUUCACGCUUCCUCUGUAGGGUUUUCGAUGCGAGUGAAAUGUAGCGUAUCACUUAGCUGGUAUCGGUUGGUUUUGAUCAGAGAGAUGGAGACAAUCAGGGAUUGUAAUCAGAAUGAACCUAGAUUAAGGGAUUUGUUUAAAAAAAUGGUUUGCGAUAGGCAAUGAGUUUGAAUUUUUAGACUUUUUAAAAAUGGUUUCUAUUACUCUGUGUGUAUUUGAAGUAUACCCACCUUAAGGUCUCUGCUAUUUGACGGUGUUUGUUUCAUAUUUUUAUGCAUUUUUAACACUGGAUUAAAUGAAUUGACAAUAAGCAUAAGCACUGCCCAUGGACCUUCCCCCUCCCUUGUGCGAACGGUCACCAUGGAAACCGUGGCGGCAUCGACGAUGUGCUGUGGCGACGGUUGCACCAGUUGUGCCCCCCUUCAGUUGCGGUCGGGUGAAGAGUUUUGGAGAAACAGUCGACGUGCACGCCUCAUCAGGAGGGGACAGCUCAUGGAAACCCUUUUGUAAUAAACCACCCGUAAAGCAGCAGGUUUACUAUGAAUGAGUUUGAGCGCCGGCCUGUUGAAGGCGUGGGCGUUGGCGGCGGACAGGAGCAGGAAAUGAGGAAGGACGAGUCGGGGGGCGGGGGUGGAUUGGGAGGGUGUUGUCCAGGCAUGGCAUGCAAUAAGUUUUAGUCUUUGUUGAAAGGGGGCGGAUCAGUUUUUAAAAACGUGCACUAGAUUCACCAAGCCAAGUGGGCUGUGAUCCAACAUUCAUGUGGCAUCUUAAGACGGAGAAUGAUUUGACUUUUUAAACUCACGAAAAUAUUUGAUCAUAAACUCCAGUCAGAUAAAUGAUCACUCCCUUUUGUUUGUAACAUGACAUUGCAAAGCAAUAUUUACCCAGUUGUAGUUUUCAAAUGUGGAAAAACAAAGCUAUAAUUCUACUCAUUGUGGUUGUUGGUCUCUCACUAUUGUGUAUCUGUACUUUAUUUUUUUCUUUAUAUUUUUUUCUUUGUCUUAUUUGCUUGUAUCAAUCAGUGGGAAUGUGCAUUUGGUGGAAUAGUUACGUAGGCUUUAGACAAUUUUCUUUAAAGUAACAAAAUGUAGACUUUGCUCGCCUGCAUGCCAGAGUAUUGUCCUUUUUUAAAAAAGAAAAAAAAAAAAAAAACUUUUUGGGAAUCAUAUUUAUUAUGAGAAAGAGAAAAUAUAAACGCUUUUUUUUUUUCUGGGGGGUAAAUGUUUAUCAAUUUAGUGGGACUGUUUUAGGCUAGCAAUAUUUGUCAAGUCUCUCUUAAGAUGCAUUUUAAAGAUUCCUACACAAAUGUCAGUGAUUUGGGAGGUACAAGCUCUUCUCUGAGGCGAGGUGGGGUCGGCUCUUUGCGUCGUGUCCAAAUUCAAACGAGGUACUUUCUUCAAACGCGGGCCGUUAAAGACCGAACCCCCUCUCCUCUUUGCCAGGUUAUCGCAGCGAGUAUCCAUUUUGUCUCCUCGUUCCUGGUUUGUACCUUUGGCCACGCCUCUUGGUGGGGGGGAGCUCUCCCGUACCCAUGGCAACUCUGCUGACCCCUCACAAAUGCACUUCCUCUUUGUGAAGGGGGUCCCCAUGGCAUCAAGGGAGCAGUAUUACCUCUUUUUAACCUUUUUAAAAAAAUCGAUCCAUAAUUCUUUCUGUGCCCCGAUAGAGAGAGCAUGAAUUAUUUUAAAAUUCCUCUCACUUUGAUAUAUUGUUAUAUCUUAACGGAUUUGUAAUUUGACAUUGUGUAUUGUGUAUGUUCAUAUAUUUCUUUUGUUUUCCCUCUUUGGUUCGUUUUUUUGGGGGGGGUUUGUUAUAGCUCUGCUCUGUUCAAUUUUUUUUGUUUUCUGCUAGUGGUCUCUGAAGUGUCUGACAGCAAUAGAAUCAUAGAAUUGGAACAUUCCAAUUCUGUGAAUGAACGGAACCCUUUCUGACCGGUUAUGGGGGGCGGGGCAUGUUCUUGCUCCGCCCCCCAAACAGAGAGCCAUUCACUCGCUGUUAUUGCUAUUUUGUGACAUGUUCAAAUUCUUUCUUUCUUUUAUUUUUUUUAAUUUUUUUUUAGCCUGCAGGGAAUUCUUGUGUUAAUGUGCAAAGUAAUAAAUUGGUAUUUUAUGCCUAUAACGUA